ACUCCCCUCCUGUGAGAGAGAGAGCGAGUGAGAGAGAGAGAUGGCGCUGAAGCUGUACGGACACCCCAUGUCGACGUGCGCGUCACGUGUGCUGGCCUGCUUGUAUGAGAUGGACGCUGAUUUCGAGCUCGUGCUCGUUAACUUGCAAGCCCGCGAUAACAAACAGCCUUCUUACCUCGCCACCAAAAACCCGUUUGGUAAGAUUCCGGCACUCGAGGAUGGCGAUCUGACGCUCUUUGAAUCUCGCGCGAUCAAUGGUUACAUUGUGACCAAGUACAAGGGCACAGGCCCUGAUCUUUUGAGGCUGGACAAUCUCAAAGAAUCAGCAUUGAUCAAGGUCUGGAUGGAAGUGGAGUCCCACAGUUUCAAUCCACCGAUCUCAGCCGUCGUGUAUCAGAUCCUCAUCAUUCCCCUCCUCGGCGGGACCACCGAUGAUCAGGUGGUCGAGGCGAAUGUCGAGAAGCUGGCCAUGGUGCUCGAUGUCUAUGAAGAGAGGCUGUCCAAAAGCAAGUACUUAGCUGGAGAUUUCUACAGCUUAGCUGAUCUUCACCACAUCCCAUACAUUCACUACUUCAUGAAGACUCCCAAAGCUUCCCUGAUUAGCUCACGCCGGCACGUGAAGGCGUGGUGGGACGACAUCUCGUCACGGCCCGCUACAAAGAAAAUGAUGGAGGGGAUGAGCAUCGGAGGAAAUGCAUGAGUAUCUAAGGGCGUUUUGUGAAAUAAAUAAAGCAUAGAGGGUUUGAUUGUCAUUAUAUCCUCGUGACAUUAUGUCUCAUAUGUUACUCUUUGUUUCCUUUAAGUGACUUUCUUUGGUAAUUAUGAAUUUUCUUUUUAGUGUCUUGCC